GACACCGGGGCUUGGCAGCCAUCUCUACAGUUCAUUCUGCUGCAGAGGUCUCAGUCAAAAGACUCUUGGGUAACAUGGUGCAGCAAAUCCUAUACAGAGCUCUGGUCUCCACCAAAUGGCUUGCAGAACGUGUCCGGGCCAGUAAAAUCGGACCUGAUCUGCGCGUGCUGGAUGCAUCCUGGUAUGAACCAGGGCAGAGGGAUGCCCAGAAGGAGUUCAGAGAGCAGCACAUCCCUGGGGCCUCCUUUUUUGAUAUUGAGGAGUGCAAAGACAAGUCCUCUCCUUAUGAGUUCAUGUUGCCCAGUGAAAAACACUUUGCUGACUAUGUUGGACACCUGGGCAUCAGCAAUCACACACAUGUGGUGGUGUAUGACGGAGAUCACCUGGGCAGCUUCUAUGCACCACGAGCCUGGUGGAUGUUCCGGGUUUUCGGGCAUCGAACUGUUUCUGUAUUGAAUGGGGGGUUCAAGAACUGGGUGAAGGAAGGUCACCCCGUGACGUCCGAGUUUACCCCGCCAGAGCCAGGUGUGUUUAAAGCCUCCUUGGACAAAUCACUGCUGAAGACCUAUGAAGAGAUGAUGACAAACAUGACAUCCAAGCGGUUCCAGAUGGUGGACUCCAGAUCUGAAGGAAGGUUCCGAGGAACAGAACCCGAGCCAGGGAAAGAAGGGCUUGAACCAGGCCAUAUUCCAGGCAGCUUGAACAUGCCUUUUUUCGAUUUCUUAACCAAGGAAGGAUUUGAAAAAGACACAGAAGAGAUCCGUAUCAUGUUCCAGGAGAAGAAGGUGGAUCUCUCAAAACCACUGAUUGCCACCUGCCGCAAGGGAGUCUCAGCCUGUCACAUUGCCCUGGCAGCCUACCUGUGUGGCAAACCAGAUGUGGCUGUCUACGAUGGAUCCUGGUCGGAAUGGUUUCGUCGUGCCCCACCGGAAUAUAGAAUUUCCAACUGGAAUCGCAACAAAGCAUAA